AUGUAUCAGAACCCUUGUAAGUUUAAAUCCGUCCGUAGACCGUUAAAGGGAACCCAGGUGAUCACGGAACCUCAUUUCCAGAUAGCUCACCCCACUUCAGGGGCUGUUCCUCCUGCCGGUUUCCAUCCUCAACAAUUCCAGUAUACUCGGGAUAACAGUGUUCUAACCCUGGAACAGAGACAAUUUUAUGAAGACAAUGGCUUUCUUGUAAUUAAAAAGCUGGUCUCUGAUGCUGAUAUUGAAUGCUUUAGGAAUGAGUUUGAAAGAAUCUGCAGAAAGGAGGUGGAACCAAUGAGAUUAGUGGUAAUGAGAGAUGUGACCAUUGCAAAAUCAGAAUAUGUUCCAAGUGAAAAGAUGAUUACGAAGGUCCAAGAUUUCCAAGAAGAUGAGGAGCUCUUCAGAUACUGCACUCUCCCUGAGGUUCUGAAAUACGUGGAGUGCUUCACUGGACCCAAUAUUAUGGCCAUGCAUACAAUGCUGAUAAACAAACCUCCAGAUUCUGGCAAGAAGACAUCCUGUCAUCCCUUGCACCAGGACCUGCACUAUUUCCCCUUCAGGCCCAGCAAUAACAUUGUUUGUGCUUGGACGGCCAUGGAGCACAUCGACCGGAACAAUGGCUGUCUGGCCGUACUCCCAGGCACACACAAAAGCUCCUUGAAGCCACACCAUUAUCCCCAGUGGGAGGAGGAGGGGGUUAAUGGAAUAUUCCAUGGCAUUGAGGACGAUGAUGAAAACAACGACCAAGUGCACCUCGUGGUGGAGAAGGGAGACACCGUUUUCUUUCACCCUUUGCUCAUCCAUGGAUCUGGUCGGAACAAAACUCAAGGAUUCCAGAAGGUGUGCAUGAACAGCACUGCAUUUUCCAAAGAUGAAUGGGUUAGAAACAAAAAUGUCAAGAUAUACAAACAUUUAAAAGAUUUGUGGCUUUUAAGUAAACUGGCCUUUAGUCUGGUUUAUUUACCAGGAAAUACAUUUGUCUACGUCAUGCUUUUUAAACUCCUUUCAGUAAGAAUCCGGGUGACCUCAGGAUUCCAACCCUAUUGAUACUGAAUCACAGACAUUCAUAGAAUUGCUUCAGACCAAGAGCUUACUUCCUAGCUGAAAGCCCCUGAGUUUGGAGGCAAAAACAAUGGCUCACCAACUAAAAUAAUAAAGCUUAGAAUAUUUAUAGCUCAUACUAACCCUAUGAGAGGAAAGUUUAUAAGAUCAUUGCUACUGGAAAAGUAUUUUUUAUCUGAAACAAAGGUUUUGAACUGGCUGCCCAGGAAUCAGAUUCAGCAGGCAGCCAUGUUUUUCAUCCCUUAGCCUCAGAGUGUUUGAAACUUCUUGAUUCCGUUGCUUCCAUUAAAAAUGAACAAAAUUUAUCAUAAGGCCAGAUUUUUUAUUCCUUUGAAAUUCAGUAGACUUGACAAUACUAUGGGCUCACAUUUCUCAUGGUAACAUAGUUCUCGAUACUAAAUAUUGGAGGCUCCUUUGGGGCUGAGCGAGGAUUUCCAGUUUGUCACACCCACCCUUGUUGUCUCCCUGAGACCAAGGCUUAGUCGUCAGUUUUCAUCUUCCAUUCAUUCAUAUUUCCACCUGGCUCAACAGGACCGGGAUGAGGUGAAGCGAGAAGGCACUCUCCUCAGGGUCUCAGUUUAAGCAGCGCACCAAAAAAACCCGUCAGCAUCCAAGUUAUACGAUAUUUUAAAAAAUAAAAAUUAAUGCCACGAAAUGCAUGAUAAGCACUAUGCCAAAGUUUUAAAGACAAGAUCAGCCUCUUCGCUAGCACGACCCUCAGACCCAUGCUGUGUGGGUGGAUACAUAGUGCAAGGAAACAGAUAAUGUGAAGUUUAAUAUUCACGACUUUGCAAUUUUUCAGUAUAUUUUCAACUACUUUGUCUUUGCAAAAAUAUUAACCAUUAAAAAACUACGUAAAAGCAUGUCCAGAGGAGCGCUCACUUUCCCUUUUGCCUCAGGCUCCCAUACGGCUCGGCAUGGCACUGGGCCGUACAUGGGAAAUGGAGUUUGGGACUCCACUGUGUAGAAAGUUGAUGUUUUGGGCAAAGUACAUAGUCCUUCUGACACGUGUGGUCACCUUAAGAUAACUAACUUAUGAUGAGGAAAGUGAGUUUUAAGGAUUGCCUUGCGGUUUAGAUGUGUUUCUAACUUUUUCAAAAAUGAGGAGAACCACCUAACUUCCCUCUUACCUUCAGAGGGAAACAAGACAGAUAUCAUAUGUGAAUGCUACUCGACUGUAAAUGUCUUUUCGGUUCGAGAGGGAUGUGUGUGUGUUAUCUUCCUUUGCAGGGUAUGUUCAUUUUUUGUUUUUCAUAAUCUGUGGCCGUUGAAAUAACCAGUUACAAAGUCAAUUGCGUAACUAACUUCUGUGACUAAGAAGAUGGUGAAAAACCCCGGAAGACAUUCCUUUUUAAGACUGGGUCAUAUUCACUCAUUAGAAAAAUCAAAGGCUAAAAGUUAAAGACCUCUUACUUACAUAAUUAUGUUACCUGCCUCAUAGAUACUUUUUGAAAAUAAAUAUCGCAACUAGUUAAAACCCUUUUGUAAUAUCUCAGUUAGCCUGUUUUAGCAAAAGAGAAGAGACUGAGUCACAAAAAGACUGAUUUAGGACACAAUGGAACACCUUCAAUCUAGAAAUCAAAUGUUUAUUUUCAUUUUCUUUAAGUUACAGUUUAUCAACUUUACUUAGAAUAACAAUACUGGCUUCUAUUGUAUAGCUCUCUGUAAGGUAUGAAAGCAGUCUCAUAUACCUUUUUCUGUUUUCUUCACCAAAACCCAAUGGAGUAGUCCUUAUGGCUGUGUGGUCUUAAUGAGAAAAUAAAGAUGCCAGAGGUUGGCCUGAGCUAUGUGAGUGACAGAGUUAGAUUUCAGAGUCAAUUCGAAUUCCAAGUUCUGUUUCCCACCAUUUCUUGCUGUUUCCUCAAAAAUAAACCAGAAAUAAGAAAUAAAUAAUGAAGCAUGAAUUGUUUUCUCAAGAACAAAGAAAACAAAAGAACAAACCAGUCACCCAGGACGUCAUUUUCAUGAUGUGAUCUAGUCAGGCGUGCACCAGGCAGGAUGGGGUCAGCAGGAAAGGAAAGCAGAAAAUUGGCCAGGGAACUGUUUAUUUCUGAGCAAACUUCGACUCAGCCAGUUGGAUACCUGUGAUUACAAGAGUGCCACCUGAAACAGGCCUGACAGACUGGGGACUCACCGUCUUAGUUUAUUUAACACCAUUUUAGAUGUUGGCAAGUAAACUGAUUGGAGACUAGGAAUAUGCUUUGUUUACUAACUGACAUGACUAUGAAGGAGUUUUUUAAAUAUAUAUUUAACG